AUGACAGAGAUACUGCCAAUGAUUUUCCUCCUUGCUUCACAUUUAUUUGUCUCCGGAGUGUUGUCGGUGAGUAUCCUUACCAUAGAGAACAAAUGCGACCACACAGUUUGGCCAGUGAUCUACUCAUGGACGUCCUCCCAAGUGAACUCCACCGGUUUCGCUCUAAAGAAAGGAGAGGCACAUGACAUACGUGCGCCAUUUGGGUGGUAUGGUCUUAUCUCCGGGAGGACGCUCUGCUCCACCGACACGUCCACAAGGAACUUCUCUUGUGCCACGAGAGACUGCGAAUCCGGAAAAGUUGAAUGUCCUGGCGAUGAUUACAGUUGGUCUUCGGUGACUUACGUCUCCUUUAGACUCGAUAAAGACGGUUUCGACAGCUACGCAAUUAGUGUCGAAUACGGUUAUAAACUUCCGAUCAUGGUGGUCCCGUCGUUGAAGAGAAAUUCUCAGGGGAAGUUAAAAACAAUACUCGGAGUCUCAACAGCUUUACUUGUAAUGGUCGUUAUUGUGGCGAUUGCGCUAACUGUGAAAGCAAAGGAUGUGAGCACAAAGAGCCAUGAAAAUGACGCCAAAAUUGAAGCUGCUGUAAUGUUGAAACGCUAUAGUUGUGGAAGUCUCAAGAAGAUGACAAACUCAUUUGCUCAUGUUCUCGGGAAAGGAGGAUCAGGAACUGUGUAUAAAGGAAAAUUACCUGACGCAAGCGGCGGCCGAAAUAUUGCACUUAAGAUCUUGGAGGAAUCAAAAGGGGAUGGAGAAGAGUUUAUCAAUGAAUUAGCCAGCAUGAGUAGAGCAUCUCAUGUUAAUAUCGUUUCCCUGCUUGGAUUUUGCAAUGAAGGGAGCAACAGAGCUAUCAUUUAUGACUUCAUGCCGAAUGGGUCACUUGACAGGUUCAUUUCCAAAACUAUGUCAACAAAACUGGACUGGAAAGUUUUAUACAACAUUGCCGUCAGUGUUGCUCAUGGAUAA